CAUCGUUUGUCAACAAGAACAGGAAAACUCGUAUUAUGCAUAGAAAUGUGACUAGAUCUACAGACUACUGGUAUGCCUGUGAAGUAAGAAAAGUAACAACAAGGGAGCUCACAAGCCAGGAGUUCCCUUAAAUGAUUAUAGAUGACAGUAAAGUAGGCGACAAGGACAAGGCCCCUAACAACUGGAAAUAAGAAUACUUGCAGGACAAGCUGUUCUGUGGAAAGAAAAGAAAAAGAAAGAAACAAAAAUCAAAAAGAAACAUGUCUCUGUUUCCACGCUCUAACGCUGGUCCGGCACUCAAGGGCCUCGCGUCGGAGGAUUACGCGGUGGGACUUAUCAAGAUGAAGCACCCUGAUUUCGACAGUUUUCGGGAGGAUAAAAAAGACGAAAUACGCCUUGCAGUCAGGGAAUCUGUGCAGAAAAAAGGAGCGGAAUUUGCGAUUUUGGCCGAUAGGAAAUACUCCAUGCAGACGGUGAGAGGCAGACCUGAAGGCUGGGAUUACGGUGGCCUAACAGCAGUCCCAGGAUCGGCGAGAACUACGCGGAACUCCCAGCAACGAGUGGGGAGAGCAGUACAAGUGACGGGAAUGUCGAGUCUAAGGCGGAAGCACAAGGCCCAUAGGAAGAAUGGGAAAAGGCGAAAGAAGAGAAGCGCAAAGAACGUGAAAAAGGGAGAAGUAGAAGGAAGUAGAGGGAUGGGGAUUGUCUAG